GCAACAAGUACCAACUGACAGUCUUCCUCCUCCAGGAUGCAGAGAAGCGCACCCCGCUGCACGCGGCGGCCUUCCUGGGCGAUGCCGAGAUCACGGAGCUCCUCAUCCUCUCUGGGGCUCGGGUCAAUGCCAAAGAUAAUAUGUGGCUCACCCCUCCAUCGUGUGUGGCAUCUCGGACGCGAGGAGGCCGUGCGAGUUUUGAUCCGCCACUCGGCCGACGUGAACGCGCGGGACAAGAACUGGCAGACGCCGCUGCACGUGGCUGCAGCCAAUAACGCGCUGCGAUGCGCCGAGGUCAUCAUCCCGCUGCUGAGUAGCGUCAACGUGUCGGACCGCGGCGGACGCACCGCCCUGCAUCACGCCGCCCUCAACGGCCACACCGAGAUGGUGAACCUCCUCCUCGCGAAAGGAGCCAACAUCAACGCCUUUGAUAAGAAAGACGGCCGGGCUCUGCACUGGGCAGCUUUCAUGGGACACUUGGAUGUGGUUUGUCUGCUGGUGAGUGAGGGGGCGGAAACCAGCUGUAAGGACAAACGGGGAUACACCCCCCUCCACGCGGCGGCCUCCGGUGGGCAGAUCGCCGUGGUCAAACACCUGCUGAACCUAGCUGUGGAGAUAGAUGAGUCCAAUGCAUUUGGGAACACGGCGCUCCACGUGGCGUGUUUUAACGGUCAGGACGCCGUUGUCAGUGAGCUGAUCGAUUACGGUGCCAACGUCAGCCAGGCUAACAACAAGGGCUUCACCCCGCUGCACUUUGCCGCCGCCUCCACACACGGAGCUCUCUGUCUGGAGUUCCUGGUCAACAACGGGGCGGACGUCAACGUACAGAGUCGUGACGGGAAGAGUCCGCUUCACAUGACGGCAGUUCACGGACGCUUCACUCGCUCCCAGACCCUGAUCCAGAACGGUGGGGAGAUCGACAGCGUGGACAAGGACGGCAACACGCCUCUCCACAUCGCUGCCCGUUACGGCCAUGAGCUCCUCAUCAACACGCUCAUCACCAGCGGAGCAGACUGCACAAAACGAGGAGUCCACGACAUGUUCCCCCUCCACCUGGCGGCCUUGAACGCCCACGCGGACUGCUGCAGGAAGCUUCUCUCCUCAGGCUUCCAGAUAGACACUCCUGACAGCCUGGGGAGGACCUGCCUGCACGCCGCUGCUGCCGGAGGGAAUGUCGAGUGUGUCAAGUUACUUCUGAGCAGCGGUGGAGACCACAACAGGAGGGAUAAGUGCGGCAGGACUCCCCUCCACUAUGCAGCCGCCAGCCGCCACUACCAGUGUCUGGAGACUCUGGUUGCUUGUGGCACCGCCAUUAACGCCACUGACCAGUGGGGGCGCUCUGCGCUGCACUACGCCGCUGCCUCGGACCUGGACAGAAGGCGGCGUGUUGCUCUGGAGCCGGAGAGCGAUGGAGUUCAGGCAGAGAGGGAGAAAGAGGCAGCGCUAUGUUUAGAGUUCCUGCUGCAGAGCGGAGCCACGGCCUCGCUGAAAGACAAACAGGGCUACAGUCCCGUCCACUACGCCGCGGCCUACGGACACAGGCACUGUCUGGAGCGGCUGCUGGACAGAGACGACGGUCACCAAGACGACCCUGAAUCUCCAAACCCUCGGAGCCCGCUGCACCUCGCUGCGUACCACGGCCACGCCCAGGCCCUGGAGGUCUUGCUGCAGGGGGAGGGGGAGGUGGACCAGGGAGACGAGGUGGGGAGGACGCCCCUGGCCCUGGCCGCCCUGCGGGGCCACACUGAAUGCGUUCACACCCUCCUCAGCAAGGGGGCGUCGCCACGCGCCACAGACACCCAGUACGGACGCAACCCGGUCCACCUGGCAGUGAUGAACGGCCAUACGACGUGUGUGCGCCUCCUGCUGGACGACUCGGACAGUGCAGACCUGGUAGACGCUGAUGACUCUCAGGGACAGACUCCUCUGAUGCUGGCGGUGGCGGGGGGGCACGUGGACGCUGUGUCGCUGCUGCUGGAGCGGGAAGCCAACGUGAACCUGGCGAGUAACCACGGCCUCACUGCGCUGCACCUCGGGCUGCUGUGUGGUCAGGAGGAGUGUAUCCAGUGUCUGUUGGAGCAAGAAGCUUCCAUUUUGCUGGGUGACUCUCGGGGUCGUACCGCCAUCCACCUGGCGGCCGCCCGCGGCCACGCCUCGUGGCUCUGCGAGCUGCUGAGCAUCGCCGGGUCCGAGCCCCCGUCCCUCCCCCCGCUGAGGGACCACAGCGGCUACACACCGCUGCACUGGGCCUGCUACUAUGGUCAUGAGGGGUGUGUGGAGGUUCUGCUGGAGCAGAAAGGUUGUCGCUGUAUUGACGGGAACCCGUUCACCCCGCUGCACUGUGCUGUGGUCAACGAUCAUGAGCCGUGUGCAUCGCUGCUGCUGGAGGCGAUGGGCUCGGACAUCGCUGGCUGCAAAGACGCCAAGGACAGGACUCCUCUUCACGCUGCAGCGUUCUCGGGUCACGUCGACUGCGUCCAGCUGCUCCUGUCCCACGAUGCACCUGUCGAUACUGUGGACCAAUCGGGUCGCGACGCGCUGAUGAUGGCGGCCGAGAAGGGCCGAGCCGGAGCCCUCGAGGUGCUGUUGACCAGCACCAGCGCCAACCUCAGUCUGAGGGACAAAGACGGCAACACCGCCCUGCAUCUAGCCUGCAGCAACGGAAAGGAAGACUGUGUGAUGCUGAUCCUGGAGAAGCUGUCGGACACGACGCUCAUAAACGCCACAAAUGCAGCGCUGCAAACUCCUCUCCACCUGGCGGCCCGUAGCGGUCUGAAGAAGGCGGUCCAGGAGCUGCUGUCCCGAGGAGCCAGCGUUCAGACGGUGGAUGAGAACGGUAGGGUGAACCUGGUCCUGUACCCCCUCCACGUCAGUGUACCCCCCCAUGUACCCCCUCCAUGUACCCCCUCCACGUCAUCGUACGCCCCUUCCACGUCUCGUAACCCCCCCAUGUACCGGCCCUCAGCUAGGGUGAACCCUCUACGCAGCGUACCCCCUCCAUUCAGCGUACCCCCGUCCACUGUCAGCUUUACCCCCUUCACGUCACGUACCCCCUCCACGUCAGCGUACCCCCCCAUGUCACCCCCUCCCAUUUACCCGUGCUCCUCCAAUUCCCGGCCCUCCCCUUCAUGCUUACCCCCCCUCCCCUUCAAUCGUACCUCCCCUCCCCCUUUACCACCCCCUCCCUGUCCCCAACCACCUCCACUCAAUCGUGUACCGCCCUCCACCGUACCCCUCCACUUCACGUACCCAGCCUCCACGUCCAUGCGUACCCCCCUCCACUUCCGUCGUUUCCCCCCCCAUGUACCCCCCUCCCUGUACCACCCUCCGACGGGUCCACGUGUCCCCCUCCCGCCGUACCCCUCCACGUCAGCGUACGCCCCCAUGUACCCUCCCUCCAUGUACCGGCCCUCCUCGCUCCACUCACCGUACCCCCCCAUUUAUCCCCUCCAUGGAAACCCUCCUCGCACUUCGCGUAGCCCCUACCACGUCAUCGUACCCCCCCAUUACCACACCAGGCCGUCCGAUGUCCUGGUACCGGGUGUCAGGUUCCGAUUGAACGGCCUGCUCUGCGCUUCAGGCUCUAGACAGAGCGGUGUCUUGUACUGUCUGGCUCUCAUUCUGGCUAAACCAUGA